GCCUGGCUCGCCUAUCCAUCUGAAUUCUGAAGUUCUAAACCCACAACGUAAAUUUCCUCCCAAAUUUUCCCCACCUCCCGAGCCCUAAAUCCCAAAUCGCUCCCCAGUGUUCGAUCCUCGAUUCCCAAUCCUAAUCGGUCGUAGGGUCCGUUGAUCGCCGAGAACACGCAGGGUCAGAGCUCGCCGCUCAGCCGGCGACGUGCGGGAGGCGGAAUUCGGGCGGCGGAUCGGAGGCCAUACGCCGGCGAUGCGCGGCGGCGGGGGUUAGGCUCCAACCACCCAAAUUCGGAAGGUAGGGUUUCGCGCACGAAUUCCUCUCUCAUGGCUCGUCCGCCGCGGCCCCCGUGGUCGGAUGGCAUCCCGCCGGAGCUGCUCGGCAUCAUUUUCGAGCAGCUGAACUGCAUCGCCGACCGCGCCUGCUUCGCGGCCGUCUGCCGCGCGUGGCGCUCCGCCGCGGCCUUCGCCGACGCACCGCAGCGCGGGCUCCCGUGGCUCCUCCUCCCGUCCCGCGACGCGCCGUCCUUCUUCAGCCUCCACUCCGGCGCCACCCGCCACCUGACUCUCCCGGAGGGCGCCCGCGGCGCGCGCCUGUGCGGCGCCCACGACGGCGGCUGGGUCGCGGUCGCCGCGGACCCGUGGCAAGGGUUCGCGGCCGUCAACCUCUUCACCGGCGUGAGGGUUCCCUUCCCGGAGAAACUGAGGCUCGAGGUCCCCUACGCCCACGGGUAUGGGCCCGUGACCGUCACCAGCCACCACCCCAUGCUCGUCCGCACCAUCGUCCUCUCCGCCCCGCCCACCUCGCCGGACUGCAUCGCCGCCGCGCACGUCUCCAGCGCCUCGAACAUCGCCUUCUGGCAGCCGGGGAUGUCCAGGCACUGGAUCGCGAACCGUCCCGAGCCGGACGUGGUCCAGGACAUCAUCUACUACAAUGGAGAGGAGAGGCAGGGCUUCCACGUCCUCACCAACCGGGAGGACGUCCUGGUGUACAGGCCCCGCCCCGGCCGGGACCCCAACGCGCUGCUGGAGAUGACCUGCGGCUCCUACCAGAUGCGCCGGCGCGCCAACCACCUGCCGGCGUCGUUCAUCUCGACCCGCUACCUGGUGGAGUCCCGCGGGAAGCUGCUCAUGGUGGUGCGCCACUGCACCGACAACCCGCGCGUGCGGCGUCGCACCCGCAUGUUCCGGAUCUUCGAGAUGAGCCUCACCGACACCGGGUCGUACUGGGUGGAGAUCUCCGAGCUGUCCGGGCGGGCGCUCUUCCUCCGGCGAGGCUGCUCCAGGGCCGUCGAGGUGUCGCAGUUCAAGAUCCUCCAGGAGGACACCAUCUACUUCCUCGACGACGCCGUCUGCGACCUGUCCAACUCCAUGGUGUUGAACAACGGGAGCAAGUACGGCAUGGGCAUGUAUAGGAAGGGUAAGAAGAUCAGAGCCGGCGCUCGCCAAUUCCCUCGUGAAUUUACUGCAGAUUGCUCGCCUCCAAUCUGGCUUGUCCCCUGAUGGCCUGAUGCAUCCGUGAUAUGGCAAAUGUGGUAUUGGUGGUUCCUGGAAUCCUGGCUAGUGGCUAGUGAGGGCUAGUACCUUUUGCUCUGUUCUGGGCUCUGGAGAGUUUCUCCAGUUCUGCGUCUUUCUGCUAUAAGAUGCAGAUUAUAGUUUUUAUAUUCAAGAAAACAAAAUGUAUCUUGACAUGGUGCAAACAUCAAUUACUUUCUUUUUCUUGUCGCUGAUGCUCCAUUUACCGUUCUUCACCAAAGUACGAUUUAGGUAUACUUGGUUGCAAAGCGUUGAUGUGGGCUCUACGAACGGGUUCACAUCUUUUGUUAUAAUGCCACUACCAUUAUC